AUGGAUGGUGUACCGGAAAAGUGUGGUGACCCCGGCCCUUGCCUAGUAAGUUGCACCGUAGAUGGAGUCCAAUUUGUUGAUUGUAUGUGUGAUCUUGGCACUUGUGUGAGUAUUAUGCGCUUGUCCGUCUAUGAGGUCUUAAAGCUUCCACCGUUGAAACGGUUGGCCGCCCGAUUUGUUUUGGCGGACAAAAACAUAAUUUCCAUGGUUGAUAUAGCGGAGGAUGUUCUAGUGAGUAUAAAGGGGUUAGUCUUCCCUAUUGAUUUUCAUAUUCUUAAGAUGCCCCCUAGUGACUCCGGUAGGACAUCAUUUAUUUUGCUUGGGAGGCCAUUCUUGAAGACCUCCCGGUUCAAAUUGGAUGCAUUUUCGGGCACAUACUCGUUUGAGAUCGAUGGAAGAGAAGUGAGCUUUAAUCUUGAUGAAGCCAUGAGAAAUCCACCGGAGGAUCACUCUAUCAUCCGGUGUGAUUUGAUUGAUAAUGUUGUAGCCGAGGUUCACCAAGAUAAUGUUGAUGGGAAGAGUAUGAUUCAAGACCCAAGCGUGGCGAAUUCCCAUGUAUGUGAAGAAGAUGCCUUAUCACCUCUGAUGAUACCGGAAGACAAAGUGCCAAGUCAUGAACAAAAUGUGGAUUUGACGCCACUCCUAACCCACCUAAAAUAUGCCUUUCUUGAGGAGAACCAAAAGUUCCCGGUAAUAAUUGCAAGGGAGCUCACCUCCUACCAAGAGAAAAAGUUGCUUAAUAUCUUGAGAGGAAAAGAAGGCCAUUAG